UGUGACUUUUAUAUAUAUGUACAUACACACACCUUUAAUCAUGUAAAGUCAGCUGAUUCUAGCUGAUCCUGAUUCUCAAAUGCAAGUGGCAGAAAAAGAAAUGGUCAGAGAGGAAUAUCCAGUUCCGGAGGAGGAAAAAAAAGAGGAAGAUAUAGAGGAAAUGAUACAACCGGAAGAAAAUAACCUGGAUAAUGUCAACGAGGAAAUGGAAUGUACCGAAGAGGAAGAACAUGCCAAUGAUAUUAAUAGAUGUCUGGAGGAAGAUGUAUAUUCUGAUAUCGGUAUCAAAGCAUUAGAAGAUGAGUUGAACCAUUUGGAAACUGCUCUGGAUCAUUUGGAGAAAAAUGAUGAUAUACAUGCAGAAUUGAUUGAAUUGUUGCAUUCUAAUCGUGAAGCUAGGAAACAAUUUCAAGAAUCACUGCAAAUUGAAAAUCAACAAUCACAGUGAUAAUUAUUAUGUAUAUAUAUAUUAGAAAAUCCAUAUGUACUUUGUUAAUUUAAUAUCUAGGACUAUCAUUCUAUUAUGUUGCAUAUAAUAUUGCAAAUUAAAAUAUUUCAUAUAUCUGUUAGAAUUGAGAGAUUUAAUCUACUCUCUAAGCAAAAAACAAAUUGUGUUUAUCAGUAUUUGAAUAUACAAACUUUGAUAGCAUUUCUGGUGAUAAGAAAAAUUCAAUUCUCACUAAUUACUAAACACUAACAAUAAGUACCAGUAAUAUAACAUUGAUGUUAUAUUAUUGUUACUUAGUAUUUAGUAAUUAUAACAAAUAGUUAUGCAAAUUAACAUGUAGUAGACAUACAUGUAUAUAUUUGAGAAAAUAUUAAUAAAUCUUUUAUUUUAUA